AUUCUUAGAAUUUUAGUCAUAUUAUAAUUGUUUAAUUAUCCGCUUCUGAUUAUUUUUUUUUUAUUUAUAACAGCUCUAUUUACUGAAUUUUCAGAAGAAGUUCUUUGUUUUUUCCAUUGAUCCCUUUUUCAGUUCAAUGGCUACUACGACCAGUGAGAAUGUACCAGUAUUUUCAAGUCUUGAAUCAGUAUACGGCGGAGACGGAGGAUCUCAAUUAGAAGAAGUUCAAAUUCGUUAUGAUAAUUUGAAAUCUAAAUUCCAACAAGUUUUUGGUCACCUGCCUGAUGUCUUUGCUCGAUCUCCAGGUAGAGUGAACUUGAUUGGGGAACAUAUUGAUUAUGAGGGAUACUCGGUGUUGCCAAUGGCUAUACGUCAAGAUACCAUCAUUGCCAUUCGUAAGCACGACGAUUCCGAAUCACCCAAGCAAGUUAGAAUAGCUAAUUUGAAUGAGGAAAAGUAUGCUAUGUGUACUUAUCCCGCUGAUCCUGAACAGGACAUUGAUUUGAAGAAUCACAAGUGGGGACACUAUUUUAUUUGUGGGUACAAAGGAUUUCAUGAAUUUGCUAAAUCAAAAGGUGUAGAUGUUGGUGUUCCAGUUGGUCUCGAUGUUCUAGUAGAUGGAACUGUGCCUACAGUACAUGUACAGGAAAAGUUUAAACUUUUUAGCAAUUUCUACCCAGGAUCUGGAUUAUCAAGCUCAGCAGCAUUUGUGUGUUCCUCAACCAUUGCAUUGAUGGCUGUUUUUGACGUGAAUUUCCCUAAGAAAGAGAUAGCGCAGCUUACAUGUGAAUGCGAGCGCCAUAUUGGGACACAAUCUGGGGGGAUGGACCAGGCAAUCUCCGUAAUGGCCAAAUCUGGAUUUGCAGCAUUGAUUGAUUUUAACCCUAUCCAUGCCACUGAUGUGCAACUUCCUGCUGGUGGGACUUUUGUGAUAGCUCAUUCAUUGGCAGAGUCUCAAAAAGCAGUAACUGCAGCAACAAAUUAUAAUAAUCGAGUUGUUGAGUGUCGUCUAGCAUCAAUUGUCCUUGGUAUAAAGCUAGGAAUGAAACCAGAGGAAGCACUCUCCAAAGUGAAAACUCUAUCUGAUGUUGAGGGUUUAUGCGUUUCAUAUGCUGACAGUCGUGGCUCUUCUAACCCUGUCCUUGCUGUCAAGGAAUUUUUGAAGGAAGAGCCUUAUACAGCUGAAGACAUUCAAGAGAUCAUACAGGAAAAUCUGGAAUCAGUCUUUUCUAGUUCAUCAUCUUCACUGGAUGUUCUCAAGGCCGCAAAGCACUUCAAAUUGUUCCAGCGGGCAUCUCACGUAUACUCAGAAGCUAAGCGUGUCUAUGCUUUCAAGGAAACUGUAUUAUCAAAACUAAGUGACGAGGAGAUGCUACAAAAGCUUGGUGAUUUGAUGAAUGAUAGCCAUCACAGCUGCAGUGUCUUGUACGAAUGCAGUUGCCCAGAGUUGGAAGAGCUAGUAAAAGUUUGCCGGGACAAUGGCGCACUUGGGGCAAGGCUAACUGGAGCUGGAUGGGGUGGUUGUGCAGUAGCUUUGGUUAAAGAGAACAUUGUUCCACAAUUCAUUCUCAAUUUGAAAGAACAAUUCUACCAAUCAAGGAUCGAUAAGGGAGUAAUCAACAAGAACGAGCUCGGACUUUAUGUGUUUGCCUCCAAUCCAUCAAGUGGAGCUGCAAUACUCAAGGUGUAGUCCUCCAUCUGUAAAUGUUGCAUAUACAUCAAUGUCCUUACAUUGGGGAGUAGGCUAAUAUUACAACAUCGUCUUGUAAAGAGAACUAUCUAUUUUCUUCUGGUUUUUCAGUGUUCAAUCGUUGAACAUACAAUUUUUUUCCCAAGUUCAAUAAAAUAUAUAAAAAGUUGUAAAAUAUUAUGGUACAACCUCACAUAUCAAAGGACCCAAA